AUGCUAAUAAAAUGUGAAAAAAUACGCCAAUAUUCUUGGGAUCACCCAAACAAUCUCUCCGUGAUAACGUUAAAACACCUGAUCGUAAACGACAAUUUAAAACUUAUUUAUUGCUAUGUUCCGAAGGUGUCUUCUACUCAAUGGAAAAAAAUAUUUUAUAUGGAAGAGAAUUCUAAACUCAUUAAAGAAAGCAAUUUAUCACAGGCGCACGUAAAUAAUCUGGUGCACGAUAGAGCGCAAUUGACUUAUCUAUCAUCAUUUAAUGAUUCCUCAGAAGUCGAAAAAAGAUUGAAUCAUUACAAAAAAUUCAUGUUUGUUAGGGAGCCCCUCGAAAGGCUAUUAUCGGCGUAUCUCAACAAAUUCGGGAGCAAUGAUAAUCUAUACUUCAAAAAAUCUUUUGCCAAAUACAUUCUAAAACUUAAACAUAAGAGCCAGAGAAGGUUUAAAGAAACAUUUAAUUAUAGCACCGAAAAUAUUGUUGAAUUUAGAGAUUUCGUUAAAUUUAUACUGAACCCUAAAACUCAAAAGUCAUCCUAUUUGAUGAAUGAACACUGGUUACCGAUAACCAGUUUAUGUGAUCCUUGCGCAAUCUCUUACGACUUUAUCGGGAGACAAGAACAGAUGAUCGAAGACGGAAAUCAAGUUUUAUCGCGAUAUUUUAAAAAAUCUGUAUUAAAAAGUGAUAAUGCAUUUAACCUGUUUAAAUACGUUAAGAAAAUAUUACGUCAGUCACAUCAUAACGCGGACGAUUACGAUGGUCUUACGAAAACACCAUUUAUUCAAAGAUCCCAUACCAAUGAUUUGAUGAAUCCUUAUUUUAGAAAUAUUUCGAUUCGUGAAAUCGAAGAUCUAAUUAAGGUUUAUCAAAACGAUUACAUCCUUUUCGAUUACAACGACCAAGCUAUUUUAGAAACACUGAUCAGCUUUUGA